AUGGAACGUUCAAAAGUAGGCUUGCAAAUGUUCAAGAACAGGAACAAACCUCCGAAAUUACUUUAUGGCCGCCCACACUGCGUAAAUCAUUCGCUGGGAAGUUGACUUGGACUACGGAUGCAAAGCAGGCUACUUCUGAAACAUCUUGCAUCUCGUUUCUCAGGUGGGACAUUGACAAGUUGCACAUUUAGUGUAGCACUUUUUUUGGCAUAAUGCCUCUAGUAAUGGCGACCGAGGGAGAAAGGAAGAAGCGAUUGCCAGUGGCUGGUAGCACCUGUUCCCAUGUCCUGGACAAGGCGACUAAGAGUCUUGGACUCCCCGAUCUCCCAUACAAGCUGUACGUGGACAGUAAGGGAGAUUUGGAGGGCAGUCUUAUAGAUGAUGACGAGCUUCUGAACGAACUUGCCGCAUUCUACUCUAACUCAGGCAAACAUCUAUCAGUUAUACUUCUUCAAUCCAAUGAAGAGUGGCGCUCCUCUGAAAAUAAUGGAGCUACUUCCAGUGAUAUUGUUCUUAACAGAACUAUUUCUGAAUCAAGUGAUUCCAGUGGCUAUGGAACCUGUGCUUCCCCUUCAUCUCUACUUGAAGUCAACAUGGACAUUCCCGCAACUCCACCAAGAACUCCCUCCAGAACCUAUCCGGCUAUAGCAAGUGCUCCUUUCGAAGACAUAUUUGGGCCAGUUUUGGAACAUAUGAAGAAAGACCCGCCUCCCAAAAAUUUGCCUCUGGUAAAACGAAGUGCCAUUCGGGAGGCUCAAAAGCUUGUGGCCUCACACAUUGUAAAAAAAGUGAAGGAUUUUCGAAGAGGUGUCUGUGAGCAAUAUGCUACCACAGUAUUUAAUUCAUCUAAUGGGAAGUUCCACUGUAUUUUUUCAAGAUAUGUAAAUGGUAUAUUCUGUAGUGAUGGGCUGCAAGAUUUUAUUAAUCACAUUUACAAUGCAGUUAACUAUUCAAAAGGAACUGAAAACACUGUGAAGAGAGGGCAUCGUAGGUCACGUAGGUCAGAUGAGGAAAUAGAUAAUCCUGAUUGUCCUGAUACCCCUCAGAAGCAGGCUCGUAGGAUAACUGAAGAUAGUUACGGGUGUGAAAAUUUUAACCCACCGUUGCCUGCAAAUGAAACUUGUGAAAGUCAAGAAUUGAAGAGAUUAGCUCUUCUCCAGUCAGAUGAUCUUAAUUCUGGAUAUGUUGUGUGCCUCUUUCAAAAGACCUAUCCGACCCAACGGUCUGAAAUCAUCAAUUGCUCAUCCUUAAAGAAGUUGAUUGACGUGUUUGAGAGGUGGCCAUGCCUGAAAUCUUCUGAGCUACUCAUUCACCAUGCUUCUCUCCUCUUCAAAAAAGAUGUUCAAUUGUUGUGGUCUGAGCAACUAGACAAAAUGUCUCUGGAUAUUGUUAAAUAUUUCACAACAUAUUGUGAAAGAGAAUCAAUGAGACAAGACAGUCGACCAAAGAACCUUGUCACCAAGCUGCUCAACAUUCUUUCAUCUAAGGACCAGGCCAUAGAAAACACCAGAAGCCAGCUGCCCAACACAAUCAGCGUAUUUCCACUUUUGAUUGCCUAUAUGAGAGAGGAGACCAACUUCUUUUAUCAGCUUGUGCAAACUGAUACGCCGGAUGCUGUUGAGAAGGCUGCUGAGCCUGCUAAUGGGAACCCUAUCUUGGUUGUUCAAGGACACUCAUUAUUUGAUCUGAAUGCCAAAUUUUUUGUGGUGCUCCUCAACAACCAAAUUAUUAAGGCCUCUAGCUGUCUGGAGGGCAUAUUGCUGUUAUUUCUUUCGUUCUUCAUCUUUGGAUUUAAAUAUACGGAAGGCAUACAGAACUCCUUGGAGUUUAUUCAAAGAUUCCUGUUCCUCAUUAACCCACCAACUGGUGACAAGAGAAUGAAGAAAAGAAGUACUGGUGUAGUUCCAGGACGAGUCUUUAAGUUGUCAGAAGACAUCCGAGCCUUCACCUCCCCAUGGACGAUACCCAACCCCAACCCUGAUGAGUAGCACAUUUAUGUCCUUCAGUACCAUAAUCUGGCACCAGUAGCACCAGUAGUGCCAGAGUCUUUAAACAGAGUAGUACCAUGUACCAUAGUUUGCUACCAGUAGUACCCUAGUGUUUUUGUCCUUCACUUACUGGAAUAAAGUAAUGAAUUCUA